UUGCUAUAAUAAAAAUGCAACGUCAAAAUUUUUCGACUUCGGACCUCGCUAGAUUUUUCUUUCUGUGAUAAAAAUCAGUACCUACAUAGUUUAUGUUUUUUCUCGAGUCUGCGAUGUGGCCUUAAAACGAACACCCCUUGAGUAGUUUAAUAAUCUAGAAUGUGUAUUGUGUGUCUCCUAGAAAUAGUAGUGUCGUAUUAUCGUGUGUGCUUAGUGCGUUAAUGUCAUUGGGAGAUCACGAUGCGUAUCGGUGUUGUGUUUUAUUGGUGCGUGUUAGCUCUUCAUCUUUGUAAAGCGGAUGAUGUUGAGAGGACAGAGUCUAGAGAAAGUGGAAGAAGACAACAGUAUAGCCCUGUUGGGAGGAGCAACUCAUUCGUGAGCGACUCGACGGUGGCAAUUGCGAACGAACAAAUGAUGAAAGCGACGCUCCACGGGCACAACAAAAUACUGUUCGAGGCGUGUCACAACGAUGCAUCGUGCCUCCAGGACCGUGCCGGCCUCGAAGCCAUCACACAACUGCACAGACAGCUUGACGACGACGCCAACGGGAACGUCGACCUCAGCGAGAGCGAUGAUUUCCUCCGCGAGGAGUUGCAGUACGACAGCGGGUAUGAGAAGAGACAGCGCGCAUUUCACCACAACGAUGAUAUGCACAUCUCUGUCAAAGAACUUUGGGAGGCAUGGUUGCGAUCUGAGGUUCACAAUUGGACAGUGGAGCAAACAGUCGAGUGGUUGUCCCAGUCAGUGGAUUUACCACAGUACAAGACGUUAUUUUUGCAACACAAAGUUACCGGUGCAACACUACCCAGACUGGCAGUAAACAACAUGCAGUAUUUGAGCAACGUACUAGGCAUCAAAGAUCCGAUACACAAACAGAAGCUCGCUUUAAAAGCUAUGGAUGUGGUAUUGUUCGGCCCGCCUAAAGAAGGCAGUAGAUGGAAGGACUGGCUAUUGGCGUCGUUGUUACUGGGCGCGGUGGUCGGCGGGUGGGCGGCGCUGCGCGCCGGUCGCGCGAGCCGCACGCAAGUGCAACGGAUGCUGCGUGACAUGGAACAGCUGAGGAAGGCCGAGGUGGCGCUCGAUAAUAUGCAGAAGGAGCUAGAGAUUGCGCGGUUGGAACAGGAAAGCGCAACUACAGAAAAAAGAAAUUUAGAGAAAAAACUAAGAGAAGCUGGCGACACGCCGCUUUUGAAUUCGGCAUCGUCCGAUUUAGAAGUUUCUCAGCUAAAAGCUGAGAUUGAGAUGUUACGAGCAGAGUUGCAGCGCGCCGAAGGCGAACUGUCAGACAGGUGCUGGACACCGCCGCCCGGUUUGCAACAGUGGUUGCAACUCACACACGAAGUUGAAAACCGCGCGUACCUCCGCAAGAAGCAGCAAGCUGAUUUACAGCUGCAGCAAGCUAGGGAGGCGUGCGAGAAGUUACGUAAGAAACGGUCGAGCCUAGUGGGCGCGUUCGUGUCGACACACGGCAAGUCUAUAGAUGACGUUGACCGCUCCAUUGUCGAAGCGCGUACCGCUCUCAACGAGGUCACUCAAGAAUUACAGGAGCGCAUGCACAGAUGGAAGCAGAUCGAGCGUUUGUGCGGCUUCAACAUAAUCAAUAACAACGGCCUACAGUUCCUUGAAACAACCCUAUAUAGAAAUAUGAAUGGACGCGCGCCCGGUAGUAGAGUGCGCAUGAGCAGCUCACAAGACGAUCUGAGCAUCGGCGACGAUGCGUCCCUGUGUGGCUCAGUCGCAGACAACUUCGGAUGGAGGGAAGAUUCAUCAGGCAGUGAGGAUCCUGACCCACCACAUUAUCCAUUGGACUUGAGACUCGCUGAAGCAAGAUUACAGUUAGAAGAGCGGCUCGCGCAGGAGGCGCGAGAGAGACGGCUAGACGAGAAGCGGGACGACAAGAAAGUGUCCACCGAGGAGUUGCGAAUGAAGAGCACCAUAAAUGAUGUGAGGAAAAGUCCAGUCGAUGACAGGCGGAGGGACCAGGUGCAUUUUGUGCUCGGCGGGGACAAUGUGAACUGGACGGGCGAGGAGUUGACGCGGGCCGUCCACUCUCAAUCGCAGCCGCACCUGCGUGCAUCAAUGCGCGCGGCGGCGGCGGCAGGGGGCGCGGGGGGCGCGGGCGGGCCGCUGCCGCCGCCGCGGCGGCCGCUGUCGUCGGGCGCCAUCGUGCGCUCGCGCAGCACCGACGUAGUUGCACUGGCCGACGACCCGCGCCCUCCGCCACGCCAUCCCUUCGCCAAGCAGAAGACGCUCGCGGAAGGUCAAAUCCACUCGGACGCUCCGACCCCAACAAGCAACACGCCGCCCGAAGAGGAGUCCACCGAUUCCUCGCUAAUGGACGACGAGAACGUGCCAAAAGCUAGGAAGCGACGCAUUCAUCUCCCGUUCGGUAAAAAGGCUAAAACGCCCGCGUGACGUCGCUGCCGCCAGGAGCUGCGAUCGCUCUGCCCGCAACUGCUUUCUAGCCGCGGCGUCUAUCAAGUGAAUGCACAAUAAGUGUCGAUUGCAACAGUCGUGUCGUAGCAUUUUACAUUGAUAUUAAUAUUUAAAUAGAUUAACGCCCUUAUUCCUAAAAAAUAAAACGCCCUCAGAUACAGUUUGCCUAUUAUAUAUAGGGUUUUGUAAUUUUCUUUCAAAUCAACAAAAAAGGUUAUUAGAUGUUUCACGUUUUUAUGAAUAAGGAGCAAUGUCGUUUUUAUUUUGUUUUUGUACAAUUGUACGCAUUAAUUGAUAUAGUUAAUUAUAACAAAUUACUAUUAUUUAUACAACAAUAAACUUGUCUAUUCAGUAACAAAUAGCUCGCUGGUUCUACAUUAUUAUUUUGUAUGGCUAUAUUUUACAUGGCUCAUAAAUAAGGAAUGAGGACUUCUACCGGAAUCUGUAACUAGUCGGGCAACACUGAAGGCGAGUACCGUAUAUUAGUUAACAAUAUCAAUUAUAAUUAUUUAAAUUGAGAAUAAAAUUAAUAAUAUAUUGUUUAACAUAGCUCAAGUUGCCAAUCGCAAAAUUUAUGUGAUAUUAUAGUAGUUUUCCAUCACUGGUAUGGUAGCUUGUUUUAAAAAAAGGCUCGUAUUUUUCUGAUUUCUUAAACAUAAAUUUUUAGUAUUAUCUGCUGUUUUUAAAGAUUCUGAACUCUAAGUAUCAGAUUGCCUCGGUGCAAUCCUUUCUAUAUAUAUAUAUAUAUUACGUAUUAUUUGCACGUUUAAUAAAAUGCUUAGUCAUGACUGUUCGGUGAUCAAUUAUGGCUGAGCCAUACAAUUGUCAUGUCGAAUUGCAAUCAAUAAAUUCAUAUUUGUAAAACAAUGUAAUUAUAUAAGACUACAUAUAUGACAUCGUAUGUCUUCCUCAUAGUUAAAUUUAUAAAAAAAAGUUUUUUUUCAUAACCCGGUUUUUGAUUGUGUGUAGUUCGUGCUGGCAACAUUUUAUUCAUUGACUGAAUAAUUUAUUUCGAUUUUUUAUAACGUUCAGAUAAACAAGGCAAUUUUAACCCUUCUUUGCAUAAUGGUGGAAAUUUCCAUCAUAACAUUGAAUGCCCAAAAAUUAUAUAAAAGAACAAGUUCACUGUAAGUUGAUCGUGUUUGGAUACCUUUUUAAUGUCCAUUGCAGAAAAAAAAAACAUAGCUAUAAAAUUAAUUUUUUUAACCAUUUUUCCUUUAAUUUUGAACAUGAAUGAUAUCACCUUGAUUUAUUACAUCAAUAUAAAAAAAUCAUGCAAAGAAGGGUUAAUAUUAUUAUUUACAGGCGAUUUGAUUUGCCUACUGUUUUUAAUGUAUCAACAACACAAGUUGAUUUCUGUAUGAAGAUAUCCUAGGAAUUCCAUACUUUAUUUCUAUUUAGAACUUCAUAUAUUGAAAUAUUACACCUAAUAUGUGUAUUAUUGUUUUUAUUUUCAUCGAGUACUAGACUUAAUACAAAUUGGCAACAUAUUGCCUGCUUCCAUUGGCAUCAAUUAUCAAAUAUUAUAUAUAAAAUAUUUAUCAAAAACAUCAAUGAAUAGAUAAAUAAUAAAAAUACAGGGGGAUUAGUGUCACUACAAAAAAAGGUAUGUUUAUACAUACUUUUUUAAUUAAGUGUAUAUAGUGGACAGCUCCAUAAGGAAUUGGGAUAAUUCGACUUUGAUAUGCAUCUCAUUUGUCCCAAUUGAAAGUAAAAUAAAACUGUGGAACUUUUGGAGUAUUCCAACCUUCUUAUUCAUAACUAAAACGUUCUACAAGCCGACAUUAACUAUUAAGAUGUUUUGUCAUCGUCUUUCAUAUUGAGAAAUUAGUGCAAAUGAAAAGGACAAAAUUCUUUAAUAGCUAAGCUUAUAAAGGUUUGACGUUAUAAAUAAGGACUUAUAUAUACUUUAUAGUAAUAUAUAGUCAUGUAAUAACGAUGUCCUGUUUCAAUUUGAGCAAUUACGAUUACAUAUGAAAAUGUAUUAGAUGUAUUAUUUGCGAUAAUAGAUUUAUAUACUAUUUCCCCAAUGUAUAUAUAUAUAUAUAUAUAUAUAUAUAUAUAUAUAUAUAUAUAUAUAUAUAUAUAUUUGUAGUUACGUAUCUUUGUACAUAAAAGUAAUUGUCGCAAAGGGCUUCGAGCCAGACAAUUGUGACUUCUGUCAUGAUUUAUCGACAGAGGUAAUAACGUAUGGGUGGCCCCAAUAUAUACAAUGAAACGCUGUCAAUUUGGAAUGUUGUCUAUUGAAAUCCAUUUCCUAAAUUAACAAUGUUAUCCUUUACAUCCCAAUUUUAACUAAAGUAUAACUAUAUUAUAUAAUUUGGUAUGAAAUACCAGUAUUUAAUUUUUAUUUGAUAUGACUGCCCAUGCUUUCAUGUAUGUCAUAUGUGGAUCAUUGUAUAUCAUAUCAUUUCUAUGAUAUAUCUAUUAUAUGUAUAUCAAUUUCAUUACUUAUGAGUAUGAGAUACAAGCCUACAUUAAGAGGUCGUCUACACUAAGAAUCGAGAAAGUCCUGAUUUCCUAUCAAAUUUUUGUUACUAGCCUGCGGGAAUAUCUGCAGUUUCGCUUCUGGUACUAUUAUAUCUUAUUGCCAUGAAAUUUUUGGAAAUACCCAAAUAAUAAUAAAUAAUGAAUAUUGAAUAAUAAAGUAGGUACUUUUUAUUUGGCGGGAGAUUGCGACGUUAUUCUUGAGCAAAGGAAGUUUGUUAUUAUUGCCUCAAAUGUAUUAUUCAGCUAUGGCAACCCUAAGCAUACGUCAAAUCAACUCGAAAGUAUUAAGGUUGUACAACCCUAAUAUUUUAAUUUGCCUCGAUUUCAAGUUGACGUAGGAAAAACGUUGACAUGUGACUUACAGUUAUUAUUUUUGCGCUAUUAAAUUAUGAACACUCUGGAAACAUAGAGAAAAUAACAAUAAUUGUAACUUAGAUUAUUUCUAGUGAGUGUUCAUAAUGACGUGUGUUUAUGUAGCUCGUUUUUUAUUCACUUGUUUGGUUUGAUGUGUUGUAUAGGUAUUAUUAUUAUUAAAAAAAAAAAAAUAGCUAUAAGUCACUUGUGGUAGAAAUUAAACGUUGUCCUACACAUGGGAAUCCUACUUUUACCCCGGUAAAAAAAUCCUUUGUCUCGACUUUCUAUGUUUUUAAGAGCGUUUACCGUUUACUUACCGAAGUGUGGCGACGUCAUAAUUAUAUAUAAAUUUUUAAAAAUAAUUUAUCAUUUUUUAAUAUUUUUUAUUAUUUUCUUAAGUGUUUUGCUAGCGAACUAAAACGUGAAUUAUUAUCUUGCCUUUCCCCAUUUAUUUAGAGUGGGCGCAGUAUGUCUUCUUCUUCCACAAAGCCCUGUCAGUUGUCAUUUCCGAGCUCACUGCUCUUUUAUCCAUAUCAUCUUUUACACAGUCCUUCCACCCUUUUUUUCCAGUUGUCCCCUGCCUUUACAUCCAUCCACUUUCAUAACUGUUUCUUUGAAACAUGGCUUUCGUUUCUGCGCAUAGCAUGACCAUACCAAGAUACUCUAUUACUUCGCAACUUCUCCGUUGCGAAUUAAAACAGUAAUUAUAUCUAACAUGAAAAAUUUUAUACCUCAUUAUAUUUUGCGUUUAACAAAAUACAUAUUUGCCAUCAAAAUUUAAAUUUUCAAUGACAGCUUAAUAAGAAUAUUAUUGCUUGAUUAACGUAUUAAUUCACUAGUAGAAGACAUUUUAAAUAACAAUCAAUCAGAAACAUUGAAAAAUGUUAAAAAAGAAUUCAAUUGUCUUUGAAAAUUAUUUAUAAUUGACGACGUUUCCAUAGUUCGUUAUGAACGCUCUUAAGGCGGGAGUUAAUCCUCAUAUAUUUAAAGUCCGGUAAAAAAAACCUCUAAAUUUGUACACGUAUACGUGUUGUGCGAAUAAGUGGCUGAUAUAGAGGAAAGUUUGCUUUUACCGUGUAACCGCGGUCUAUCGUUUAUAAUGGUCGCCGAAUCGCGUCAUUCCCUGACCUUAGUAUAGCGAUAUUGUUCUUAGCUGUACGUAGAUUAAUUUAAGGCAAUUUUGGUGCUAAAUUAACAUUUUCAGACUGAGACAGUGCACGGCUCAAAGUUUUAUAGAAAUAUUGAUUUUUCAUUAAUUUACUGUUGUUAUUAUGAAAAGGUUUGUCUUUCAUCGUCCACGGAUUUAUCAUAAAUCCGCAGUUGAAAUUGUAAGUUAAGCUAUGUAUUCACUAGGUUAUGAUUGAGGCAACACAUUAUAUUUAUUUAGUAUUGUGGAAUUGCCAUAAGUCAAAAAUCCCUAAAGAAAAUAAAAUCAUCAACAAACAUUAUUUUAUGAUAUAUUUACCCUUGUCUAAGGGAGGUUCAUUUUUUCUAGAUAGCAGAGAUUUGCAUCGUUGUUGCGCAUCACCUAAUGAAUACAUACAAUGCUUAGUAUAUAAUUGAAUAUCAACUUGUAAAUUAUGGAUAAACCUUAAAAAUAAUUGUUGUAUAAUUGUGAUCAUUCGAUAAGCUGCCAUAUUUAAAAGCUGCAUUAGAGUGGUUGUGGCACUUAGAUUUUUUGGUAUUUGUUCAAUAAGCUUAAGCACCUAUUCAGUGUUAAAGAGAAAAAAAUCUAGAAACCGGUUACGUCAAUGCAAUCGAGCGUAAGAAUGCAUGCACUUAAUCGAAAUUAUUAGUGUAAUAGUGAAAUGCCUACAUUAUUUAUUGAGUACAAAAAGAAAUAUUGACAUGUUGAAAUGUCAGGUUAUUUGUAAUGAAUUAUAGAAAAAAUGUAAAUGAUCUACUUUGUGAAAGUUUUUAUAAUCCAUAAACAAAAUAUCUUGUCCAGAUUUAAACUUGGUCAAACGUCAAAAGAUGUCGCUUUUCAAACGAAAGCAAUAAUCUUUUCACACAUAUUUGAAAAGAGAAAACAUUAAUCCCGAUAGUUCGUAAUACAGUAAUCUCCUGAUUACUUGGUAUUUUUAGAAACGAAGAUAACUUUAUUGUGAUUAUUUAGCGACUUCUUAUUUACAUAUAUAUUAUGUAUAUAAGUUAUCAAAUAUAAUUCUAAAGAUAUUUUGUCAAAACUUACUAAUCUUUAUCUUUAGCUUGUGAUCGUCUUAUUUGUAUAUACACCUACCUACUUAGUAAUUUGUUAUAAAUGUAAGCGUAAAAAUUAUUAAUUCGAAAUAUGAGGACGAUCUAUGUUGAACAGUGGUUGUGAUGAAUUAAUUUAUUAUAAAUAAACUUUGUCAAGUUGAAUGGAUUUGAUGUUGGUACAUAUAUAUAUAUGGAUAUAUGGAUAUGGUCUCAAUGGUCUAUAUAAGAGUAAUAAUUAUAACCUACUCCAUGCUGGUAAACCUUCUGAUUACAACUAGUAAAAAUUAAAUACGUCACAAAGUAGAUCUUUAUUUUAGAUAUUAUACUAUAGAAUUUUUUUUCACAACUGUAUAUUUUAUGAACAGAUCUGACCGCGUAAUGUUAAAAAGACAAAUCGUGAUACCUAAAUAUAUUGUUACAUCUUUGAAAAUUAAUAAAGUGAUCUUACGAA